CAGCCUCUCCCCGCCUGGGGCCGCCGCUGCACCAGUGGUGGCUCCGCAUCUCCAAAAGGGGCCCUCCGACUCCUCGCUGGGCCAGUCGGGCGCCGGGCCGUGGAGCCCCGCGCAACUCCCACUGGUCUCUGAAGGGCUCCUCCUCCCAGAGUUUCGAGCAACUUUCCCCUCUCCCUGGCGCGGCGGCGGCUCAGGGACGGUGGCCGCCGCAGGUAGCUGCACCUCGGGCCACGCUCUCCGCGCCUCGGUCGCUCAGGGUCUCAGUGCACGCUGGGGAUCCCCGAGCUCGGCUCUGAGGGCGAGAUGCCCCUGGGACACAUCAUGAGGCUGGAUCUGGAGAAAAUCGCCCUGGAGUACAUCGUGCCCUGUCUGCACGAGGUCGGCUUCUGCUACCUGGACAACUUCCUCGGCGAGGUGGUGGGCGACUGCGUCCUGGAACGCGUCAAGCAGCUGCACUGCAACGGCGCCCUGCGGGACGGCCAGUUGGCUGGGCCGCGCGCCGGCGUCUCCAAGCGGCACCUGCGGGGCGACCAGAUUACGUGGAUUGGGGGCAACGAGGAGGGCUGCGAGGCCAUCAGCUUCCUCCUGUCCCUCAUCGACAGGCUUGUCCUGUACUGCGGGAGCCGGCUGGGCAAAUACUACGUCAAGGAAAGGUCCAAGGCAAUGGUGGCUUGCUACCCAGGAAAUGGGACGGGUUAUGUUCGACACGUGGACAACCCCAAUGGCGAUGGCCGCUGCAUCACCUGCAUCUACUAUCUGAACAAGAACUGGGACGCCAAGCUACAUGGUGGGGUCCUGCGGAUAUUUCCAGAAGGGAAAUCAUUCAUAGCAGAUGUGGAGCCCAUUUUUGACAGACUCUUGUUCUUCUGGUCAGACCGCCGGAACCCACACGAAGUGCAGCCUUCCUAUGCGACCAGAUAUGCUAUGACCGUUUGGUACUUUGACGCUGAAGAAAGGGCAGAAGCCAAAAAGAAAUUCAGGAAUUUAACGAGGAAAGCUGAAUCUGCCCUCACUGAAGACUGACCGUGCUCUGACAUCCGCUGGCCUCAUUCAUUUUAGUAAUGGUUCCUGAGGUCUCUUUAAGAGUUGAGAUCCAAAGAUGGCCUCUUCCAUGACUCGUGACAAGAAGCCCCCCUACUGCUUGCAUCAUUCACAUCCCUGUCUUACGUAUGGUACUUUGUGUUUUCUUGCCAAGACUGCAUCCACCUUCAGACACUCUCUUUGCCAGAUGAACUCAUUUGCUAACUCCAGAAAUACCUGCAGAUGACCCAGCUGGCCAGCGGUUGAACUGAUAGAUUUGGUAAUAUUGGCUAUCAACGCAAGAUCCUGGAAGCAUGGGCAAGGGAAUGAAUCUUGCACUUUAUGUACACUUCCUGGUUUGAAAGGAGGAGGUUUGCAAAGAAAAACAAAAUGGCAACAGAUGCCACUGAGAGGCAUCCGUGAAGCCUUAACAGCAGGAAACAGAAAUUUGUCUCAUCUGAGCAGUUUCCAGAUGCUCUUAAUCCCAGGCUUUUGGGGUUUUUGGAGAAUUAUCAUGACCUAAUGACAUUAUUACCUCCAGAAAGGGCUGCUGUCACAGUCAUCAAUUUAGAAGUAUCCUGUGGGUGGACACUUUUUUUUUUCCUGGUCCUACAACCUGGACUUGCUGCCUCUGCCCCAUUUUGCUGAAAAUAGGGCUUUCUGGUCAAAGAUGAUCUACCAUCUGUUUUUUUAUUUUCACUUCUUACUUGGGGAACCUAAUUCCCCAGAGGCAAAAACUAGACCUUAAUUGUUAGGGUUACUUUGUUGAAAUGGAAUUUGAAUUUCAAUCCAAGGGGAAAAGAACCCAUCUGGUAGGUAGUUCAGAGGCCACAACCUCUGCAUGAUAAACCUGUGUGCCUCUUGGGCAGUCUGAGAUGGCAAUGGGGCUGGGAAUGUAGACAUUCUCAUGUUUCAGUUUUCCUUUUUAAUGAGCUCACCCUUCUUGUUUAACAGAAUGAGAAAAUAACAAAAAAUGGGGUGUUGUAUUUUAAAAAGGAAAUGGAAAUAAAUCAAAAAAAUCCCAGAAAGCUAUUUGAGUUUGUCCAUGUUUUUUGUCCCUAGUAGCCUUUCUUCAAGAGAAUUGAUUCUCAGAUCCCCUGUGGUUGGCAGUAUGUCCAGAAUCAUGGAAUUCACCAGAAAUGUGGAAGGUCCUACUACUGCAAGUUCCACUGCCUCAAAAAUUCUGUAUUGUGCACCUGUUUUAUGAAAGUUAGUCUUCCUCGUUUUCAAUUCCAUUUUCAUAUUUUUAAAUCCCUUUAGUAUCUUGCAUACAAAUCCCAUGAACACGAAAGAGCCAGAAAUACAUUCUUUUGUCAUUUAUAGAUACAUACACUUUCCAAGAAAGAAGCUUGGUUUUUUUUGUUUUUUUGUUUUUUUUCCAUUUCUGGUUUUGGAAAAUUCCCAGAUAAGACUUGUCUUCAUUCUCACGACUGCCCUAUUUUUUUCAUAGUGCUUAUCACCUUCUAACUUCCUGUGUAAUUUACUUAUUUAUUAUGUUUAUUGUCUUGUAUCCUUUCUGCAGAGUGUAAGCACAAUGAAGACAGGGAUUUUUGUAUGUUUUUAAUCAAUGGAAUGUAUUCCCAGCACCUAAAAUAGUGCGUGGCACAUUAAGGGCUCAGUAAAUACUUGUUGAAUAAACUUGCUCUCUUACCUUAG